AGUCAUUAUCCGUCAACCCUAAAAACACAAACUUUCCAUAGAAGAACAGAGCAUGGCAUGUUAAAAUUCAACAAAAAGCAAAAGAAAAUCAAAAUCAAAAUCAAAAAUCAACUCUUUGGUUAAAAUCCCAAAUUAAGAACCAGAAAUUGACCCCCAAUAACCUCUAUCCGGUGGUUAAAAGUAAAUAAAUCCAAGUCCUACCCAUAUUCCCAGGCAUUGUCCCUCUUUUCUUCUUCUCUUUCCUUCCCUUUCCCCCGUUUUUUCCCCCUCUGGUCUCCUGUUUUCCACUUAACCAAACAAAAUCCUAUACAUACAGAAAUACACACAUGUAUUUGUGUAUAUUUUGUUUAUGUGUGUAAAUGAAAAUUAAAUGAUGGGUUGGACUUUUGGUCCUCUAUCUUCUCCUUCUUUCUCUUUUAUUUCUCACUCUAAAUAUAAUUUAUUGAUUUUCUUUCCUUUGAUUGAUUUCUCUCUUCAAUGCAAACCCUUGAUCCUCUACAUGUAAUCCUACAUUAACUAACCUAAACCCUUUCGAUCUCUCCAAACAUGUCCCGUGAACAACCCUCUUCAUCUCCGAUCCCUCUAAACGACUCGCCUAAACCUCAGCACGACACGGCCACUGUUUCUGACGACGCCCCCAACGAGGAACCUCCAGCUCCGCCACCUCCACCACCGCCUACUAACAGAAGCAAUCGGCCUUCUCGCGCUUGCACUAUCCGCGCUGCCGAGAGGCUUCAGGCUGCCCAACAGCAGGCUGCGAUCGACCGGAAGCAGAAACCAAAGAAAGAACAGCAGCAACAACAUCGAUGUGAUGAGUCGCCGCAGCAGAAAGAGCAAUGUAGCACCAGUAGUAAGAUCAUUACGCCGUUGGUUGGGCCACCCGAGCCGGCUCAGUUACCGAGGUGGAGCCUUCGCUCCAUGUGGGAAUUAGCUUCCAUACUCAAUUUCUUGCAUGUAUUUAGGCCUCUAUUGAAUAUACAGAUUGAGUUCUCAGCUGAGGAGUUUGAGACAGCUUUGAUUACACCCAAUGACACUUUGGGAGAUAUACAUAUACCUUUAUUAAAGGCAAUCCCUCCUAUUACCCGAAUGGCCCUUACACGGGAUACAUGGGUUACUGUUCUGUGCAGAAAAUUAAGAGACUGGUGGCACUGGGUUGCAGAUGGAGAACUUCCCAUAGUUGCUUCACAUGGGGUUGAGAUUGAAGUGUAUAAAACUCUUGAUCCUGGGAUUCGCGUGGUGAUCUUGAAAGCUUUAUGUGACAUCCGUGUUGAGCAAGAAGAUGUUCGAAAUUAUAUUGACAACUCCCUUAAACAUGGAAUUCAACUUUCAGUAUUUCGUAAAGAGCGUGUUGGGGGCGAUUCACAAGCAAUUAAUUACUGGUAUGAAGAUGAUCCAAUAAUUGGUCAUCGGUUAUACCGAGAAAUAAGAAAAACUGAAGUUAAGAAAUCAAAGGCAAAAGGUUCCCAUGUCCUUUCCAAUACAACAUACCAGUGGGAAACAGUUGCAACAAAUUUCGAAGAAUUUCAAGAUGUUUCUGAGAAGCUUUUUACGAGCAAAAAUAGAACAGAGGCUUCAUUAGGGAAGAAGCUAAAGAAUGACAUGCUUCCUGAGAUUGAGAAGGUUCACAAGAGGAAAGAAAGGUUGCUGAAAAAGCAACAUAGGCAGGCUCUACUUCUUGAUAACUUUCUGAGUGUAGAUGGGCUUGGACCUGGACGUUCCCUUCGUGACAGGAAACCUGUAACGUACACUUUUGAUGAUUAUGACCGGUCAAUCAAUGAGGCUAUUAAAAUAACAAAGCGGAAACCACCAUCUCCUGAGCCUAUUCAUAGAAGAGAAGGCAUUGUCAAACCUGAAGCUUCAACAAAUGGUAAAUGGAAUGACCCUUCAAAUUCUUCUCAACAUGGUACUUUCAAUUUGACAAGCCCCGAUUCACCUGGUUAUGAUGAUUUUGAAGAAGACCAUAAAAAUGAAUUAUUGGAUCGAAGCAACAGGAGAAGACAGAGGCCUCAACGGUAUUCAGCCAAAGAUUUUGUUGAAGCAGUUUCGGAUAAUGAAGCUGAUUUUGACAGUGAUGAUGACAUAGUUGGAGAAGCUGUAUAUGAUGAGGAAUACUUGAGGAAACGUAAACAGAGGAGAAAGCUUUCUAGCAGCUCUGAAGGGGAUGAGGAAUAUCGAUGGGAAGAAGAAAAUGGUGAAGAUGAAGAAGAAGAAGAGGAAGAGGAUUCCUUAAGUAUCAGCGAAGCUAGUGAUGAGCCCCAAAAAUUUAAGAAAUUACCAGGACGUACUCGGAGGGAAACUAAACUAAGGUCUGUUGAUGAGAUCCAGUCAGGUUUAAGACGCAGUAAAAGGGCCACUAGAAACCGGAUUAAUUACCGGCAGUAUGAGCUGUCAGAAUCAGAAACAGAAUCGACGAAACAUGAGAAAUCAAAUGGAUCAGAUGAACGCUCAGAUGCUAGUGAGAAUGCAGAGUAUUCAGCUGCAAGUCAAGAUUCUGAUGAUGAUGAUGAACAAGAUAUGAAAGUUGAUCGGCCUAUUGAAGGCUAUGCCGAGACAGCAGAGAAAGAGAAAAAUCAGCCACCGGAGAAAUCAAAUAGUCCUGGUCAGGAUGAAGUUGAGGGUGUAAAAAAGCGGCGUUUCCUUGAUCUAAAUGAACUUGCUCCAGGCUCUGGUUUUGAUGAUGGUCCAAACACAAUAAUGAAAGAUGAAGAUAGAGAUGAAUUUUAAGCAUCCCUCUCUGCUGGAAAACAAGGUUUGUCGGUUUCUCUCGGGGAAGCUCAAUGUAUGAUAUCCAAAAAAAAAAAAAGAAAUUAUAAAUUUUGUCAUAAGCCUGUGGAGGAUUUAUGGUCACAGUUCUUCCACGGGGUAAGUUAAGCAACAACCUGAUGCAAUUCAUCAUUCAGGAUUUGCAGCAGGGAGCAACUUGGUGCUGAGAGAUAUGUAGAUUAGGUAGUCAUUUUUUAGUAUGUCUACAUUCAUAGAAAAUCUACAACAGGUGAAUGAGAAUUCGUUGUGAGUUCUUUAUGUUAUCCAAUUAUUGUACAAUAACCUUAACUGAUAUUGUAACUGAGAAAUUUGGCUUUUAGACGUUCAAGCCCUGUAGUUUAUUAAUCGUUCAUGGCAACAACAGCAAUCUGCCUCUUGACCA